CCAGCUGUCACACUGUCGUCGCUGCUCUGAAUUUACUGUCUAUGCUGUACGUCUUUAAUCAUAUUUCAUUCCAGGUUUUAGUCUGUCACAUUUGUAGUACGUGAUAUUUAAUUCCAGAUGGCCCACCGAUCCUUACCAAAGCCUUACCAAACUCUGGCCUUAUCAGCAUUCCUCGUCGUCUUGAUAUCAGAGAGUACAGUAGGUGUCUAUCAACCUUUCAACUGUCGUAGAACGAACGUAAUAUGUAUUGGAGGGGUGUGCAAUUUGGACGGCAACUGUUCAUGCUCGACCGGAAGGGAAGGUCCUGAUUGUAGCCUCAGCGCAGCCAGUAUUAAUCCGUCUAUGUGUGUUGGACGAGAAUGUUCAAACGGUGGGUCGUGCUAUUGGGAUGGUAACGUACACAAGUGUUACUGUCCCGCGGGGUAUUUCGGUGAGCGCUGUGAAAAAGAAAGAGUGUCCAUCAAAUGUGCACAAGGAAAGCUGGAUGCAUUCAUACUUCCGUACGUAAAUGGCAAUGCCGGAUUUGGUGGGAGAAUAUACAUUUACAAUUUUCAUAACGAUACCAACUGCGAGUUUAACGAAAGAACGGAAGAUGGUUACCAAGGUUACGGUAUUACACUUCCGUUGUCUGGCGCCGGCGCGUGCUCUCGAGGCAGAAAGGCUGUGGAUGAUGGAAACGGUAACAUUGCCUACCAGUACGAGGUAUUCGUACGUUAUGACACUCGUAUAACCUCCACAGUGGAUGAACGUCACACGUUAAGGUGUGCCUUCACAGCAGACGGAGUUCUAACAGCAACUAUAUCAACAGGUUUUAGCGAAACAGAGUUCGGAUCCUUAACUGGCACUAAUGCACGGAGAGGCUACCAGCCUGUCUCAUUACUCGUAAUGGCCACUGACACCAACGCCGUCAUCAGCGCUCCUGUCCUUGUUGGAGAUGACCUCUACCUGAAGUUUGACCUCCCAGAAAAUGAUAUCAUCUAUUCAAACUACCGGGUAGAUUCCUGUGUGGCUGUCAACACAGACGUCAACGUAACAACAAUUCAGCAGGAAAUGGCGCUUUUGAGCGACAGCUGUCCAGAUCCUAUGGCAAAAUCCGUUGUGAAAGGAAUCAGCAGAUCUGGCAACACGACCAUGCUGCUCUUCGACGCUUUCAAAUUUGACGACACAUCGCUUGUUCGGUUUAUCUGUAGAAUCAGUUUGUGUAAUAGCAGUAACAGCGCCGCCUGUGACUUUAAUUAUACCUCCUGUUCGAACAACCUGGGUGGCGGUCGAAGGCGACGACAAGCUGUUACCCAAAUUCUGAAAACAGAUGUCAUUGGUCAGUCAAUUCAAGUUACGUAUAGCUCGGCGGAGAAUGUAGUCGGUAGGGAUGUUGAGUGUAACAUGAUGUACUUCUACAUCGUGCUCGCUGUUCUCGCCGCAUUCGCUCUGCUCACUCUGAUAUGUGCCAUUUACCUGUGCUUCAAAAUGGCACGCCGUCGUCGUCAAUACGACACGAUAGUUAUCCGCAAACGGGUGAUGCCUGGUGGAGAUGUAGUCCGCACCGUGGAGGAAGUGCAUCCGGCGUACAGCAACUCGAGCGAUCGCGGCCCCAUUAUAAGGUCAUAGCUGCCGUGUAAGUCAAGGGACUGAAUUGUCUCCCUUUACCUUUUUCUCAGGGGCUGCAUAUUCUGUCUACAUUUGUGAUGGAGCCGAAUUCAUUGGAUCAGAUUUUUAAGGUCAAACGUAUAAAAUGGGACACUAACGUUUGCCUUUGAGCGCAAGAAGUUAAACAUUUUAACGUACUGGGCGCUAUGGUAUAUGUGAAUUUAAAAAAUCUUAAAUCACAGAAGUUUUAAACUAAGAAUACCGAUAAAGCGUUAAGCAAUGACUUGUGAAAACACCUAUAUGUGAUGUCGGCCCUAGUUGAUUCUGAUGAACCCUUGUGUAGUCAAGGAGUUCUACGUGAUAUUUUUCCAUCUUCUUCACGUCACGCAUUUUUGUGCGACAAUUUCACCAAGGUGCACAUUACACUCGUGCAACACUCUGAUCACAUAUAUAUUCAAGACAUGACGUGAACUGUUCGGGUGAUCUGGUAUGUAAGUCUUCUCGAUGCCACACGCCCUGCAGUUUUACCCCUUUUUAUCCUGCAUGACGUUUUUGGUCAUUUUCGUUAAUUAAUUUUUCUUUAUUAUUAUUAUUUUUUGGGAGAAACAACGUCUACAUUGCGACUCAAUAAGGUCACGUGAUUUGUAAAAAAAACCCCAAAAAAACAGUUGAGAAAACGUUAAAUUUCGCAGCCCCGACUGCAAAAGUCGACCCAGUUGUGGUGCUAUUUGUUUUAUGGUAUAAUAUGAUAGAUGCGAGGAAUCAUGGGAAAUAAAAUAAUCUUUUAUACUAGGUGAUCUGGCUGAAUUCUCUAUGCCAUUUCAAUAAAUCACACAGUUAGCAUGUCUGUUGAUUCCUAACGUCAUGUGACCUCAGAUUCACAAAAGAGUCCAUGUAUUUUUGUCAGAAGUCCGUGACCAUAUCUUUUACCUCAUCAAGUUUUCCUCAAAUUUUGAAAUCUAGAUGACUAAAAUUACAACGUUAUCGUGUUUGAAAACCCACUAUUAUGCAUGUUGUCUAUGCUACAAUGCGGUGAUUUUUUUUACAUGUUAACUGACUGAUGUCUUGUUACACAAAUGUCUUGUAGACGAAUAAAUCUGGAUUGUAACUACCCGAUGGUGGACAGUCUCGUUUUAUUGUUUAUUGACAUGUACAGUUGAUUUUGGCUAGGGUAUAUAUGCAUGUUUGCAAUGUUACGACUCUUACUGAAAUAAAGCACCCUUUUUGACAUAAUUGUAAUCAGCGUAAUAACUGUUACGCUUAUCGAGACGAUUAUUUUAUUACAUUGUUACAUUGUUAUCCUUAUUGGAAUAAUGGCAACAUUUAAUGAAACAAUAUUUCAAUAGUGGUUACAUUUGCAAUGUUCACUAUAAUGUUUAUUUCAGUCAGGCUAAUCCAUAAACUCUGUUAUGGCACGUAAAGUGUCUUAUUUUAAAAGAUUAUGAUAAAAUUCAGGACUUUUUCCUGUGUAUGUAAUUCCACAACUCCGUGCCUUUUCUGUGAUGAUUACCACAGUGAAGGAAGCGUUUAUUAACACAGGGAAAGAAGUGAUGAUUACCACAGUGAAGGAAGUGCUGACUAACACAGUGAAGGAAGUGCUGACUAACACAGUGAAGGAAGUGUUUAUUACCACAGUGAAGGAAGUGCUAAUUACCACAGUGAAGGAAGUGCUGAUUACCACAGUGAAGGAAGUGUUUAUUAACACAGUGAAGGAAGUGCUGACUAACACAGUGAAGGAAGUGUUUAUUACCACAGUGAAGGAAGUGCUGAUUACCACAGUGAAGGAAGUGCUGAUUACCACAGUGAAGGAAGUGUUUAUUAACACAGUGAAGGAAGUGUUUAUUAACACAGUGAAGGAAGUGCUGACUAACACAGUGAUGGAAGUGCUGAUUGUGGUGUUAGCAGUAUGUGUGGUGUUUGGUGACGUAGGUGAAUGGGUGUUCGGCUGGGUGGGUCUUUUUGGGUUGGGGGUGUGGGGAUGGAAAUUGUAGUCCGAUCGUGUGCGUUCUUAUGACUGAAUUCUGUUCCAGCUUAUCGUUUCAACCUGAACUUUCUUUGCAAUAGCGGGAUGGUAAGACGUAGUGUUGUGUCAUAAAGGGGCAUUACUCUGCUUUCUUAACUCAUCUACAUUCAGUUGAGCCUAAGAAUACCGUGUCGAGUUACAUAUUCAUUUUCGCAUAUAUUCAUUUUAUCUCACAGCAAUGGGCUAAUGUUUACUUUGUGACAUCCGCUAAAAAAAAACAAACAAAUAAA